GCCUUUGGGAAAUCGCUGUAGAAUAUAUUGGUCGAAGCAGUCAGCCAACAGGCCGUCACCGAAGGGCAUGGCUGAAAGGGGCAAAAAGCGGCCGCUUCCUCUCGAAGAAUUCGAUCCGACGAAAGCACCGGCGCAGAGGCAGGCUAGGUUUCCAAAGGGCAAGAAGGCGAAACGUGUGGCCGCCGACCGAAUCCUCGAUGGGAACGGCGGGGACGAGAGCUGGAUGGCCCCCGAUCUCGCUUCCAAGAAGCGUGCCAAGCUCCGGAAUAAGAUGCGAGAGGACGCGGUCCUGGGUGAUCAGGUGGACGGCUUUUCCGGCGAAGUGCAGUACGAGGAUAAUACUAACUUUGAAGAUGAUGGUAUUCAAAUAGAACCAUUCAAUUUGAAGGAAGAGAGGGAGGAAGGCUAUUUUGAUGACAAUGGAAAUUUUGUUGAGUAUGCUAAACAAAAUGAAAUCAAGGAUGCAUGGCUUGAUAGUUUUGAAGUUGAUGCCAAGUUGGCAGGAAAGUUUAAGCCAAAAGAAUCUGCAGAGGAGGCAUAUGAUGAUUUGUCUUCAGAUGAUUUCGGAAAAAUAAAAAGGAGAAUAGCAAAUGCACUUCAACCUGGAGAAACAAUAAUUCAAGCUCUAAAAAGAUUGAAAGGCUCUUCAACAGAUAAGAAAGCAAAAAUGUUGGAGACCACAAAACAGAUAUUUGAUCAACUCACUGAAGAUGCCAUGAAACUCAUGGAGAAUGGAGAAUAUAAUGUUUACUAUGAAGAUCAGGAGACUUUUGUUCGGGAGGCAGAAGGAUAUGAGCGUAUAGUUUGUGCAAAGGAAGACAGAUCAAAUAACACAAAACAUUCUGAACCAACUGGUGGGGAAGAUAUAUUUUCUGAUAAUGUUCAGUCUGGGGAGCAUGUGUCUUCUAUAUGGGACAUUCAUCCUGGAACUUCAUCUGUUACAGACUCUGUCCAGCAAGCAUCCCCAGGUGAUGAUAAGUUUGACAUGUUUGGGGAUGAUGAUGACACUACAAAUGUGAAUCCACCAGUUCGAAGUGCGGUCAGCUCUUCUUCAGAUUUUCUUCAAGAUAAUCAACCUACAUCAGCAACCUUUGGUUUUUCCCAAGACUUGGACUCUGGAGAUGUCAAUUGUGGAGGGAUUGAAAAUGAUUAUGUAUAUGAUGAAUCAUCAGGUUACUACUACAGUAGCAGCUUGGGCUAUUAUUAUGACCCAACCUCAGGAAUGUACUGUUCUGCUACAACAGGAACAUGGUACACAUAUGACGAGCAAAGUGGUACAUACACAGAGAUACAGAGCUCGACAACAGGAGCUGAAGAUUCCCAUCCCUAGAUCAAUCAAAAGGGUGUAAACCUAAGUCCUGCUCACAGGAACUUCAAUGGUGGUAAAUCCACUAGAACAUCUAGAUCGUGAACAAAGGAAAAGAUGCUUACAUCAUCUCACCUUUUUUUAGUCAUUAUUUGUUUUAAAUCAAAGCGAUAAUUACAUCUAUGUAUCUAGCCCAAUAUUAACCAUGUAGAGCAGUAGUUAGUGUGACUUUGGGGAUUAUGAGCAUGUAUCAUUUCCUUUCAUCACACUUUGGUUUGCAUUAGUAGGUAUCACGGUGUUGAAUAUGUACUGCUGAUCUUCUUUUUGUCUUCAUGUGUAUUAACAAGCAAUCAUGUGAAAGAAACUUUGUUCCUGUCUUCA